CAGCAAUCCUAAUACCGGCGUAAAGUUGGUUAAAUCAAACUAAAUGGAUAAGAAAUGACUCAAAAAAGGCUAACUUGAACGUAACUUGGACAUUCCGCCCCCUUUAGCUUUUUAAUUCCUCCCCUUUUACGUGAUUGGCUACACGCUCCAAACAUUAUCAUGUGACAAGCAGUCCAACAGACAAACAGUAAGGAUACGGAAGCGGACUCAGAAUGGCAGCCAUCCUUUUGUGUUUUCUCCUGGCUGCGCCAGUGCUGCUUGUUACCUCCAGCCCAAUUCAUGACUCCGACAAUGGGACCGUACCACUAGUGCUCUGGCAUGGGAUGGGUGACUCGUGUUGCAACCCUUUGAGCAUGGGCUAUAUAAAGAAAAUGAUUGAACAGGAGAUCCCAGGAGUUUACGUGCUCUCAGUGAUGAUUGGAAAAAACAUAGUGGAGGACACAGAAAAUGGGUUUUUCUCAGAUGUGAAUGAGCAGGUGUCCAUGGUGUGCAAUCAGCUGGCUCAGGACCCCAAGUUGAAGGGAGGAUACAAUGCGAUGGGCUUCUCCCAGGGGGCGCAAUUUCUGAGAGCUGUGGCUCAGCGCUGUCCCUCUCCACCAAUGAAAAACCUGAUCUCUGUUGGCGGUCAGCACCAAGGUGUGUACGGGCUGCCCAGAUGUCCUGGAGAGAGCUCUAAAAUCUGUGACAUGAUUCGUGAAGCUCUGAAUAAGGAAGCUUACUUGGGCUGGUUUCAAAAGCAUCUGGUGCAGGCCCAGUACUGGCAUGACCCUUUGAACGAUGAUCUCUACAAGAAGUACAGCCGCUUCCUGGCCGACAUCAAUCAAGAGCGGGCGGUGAACGAGACUUACAAGAAGAAUCUUCAGCAGCUAGAGAAGUUCGUCAUGGUCAAGUUCCUGCAGGACUCUGUGGUGGAUCCUGUCGAUACUGAGUGGUUCGGCUUCCUGAAAACUGGCCAAGCCAAAGAGACCGAGACUCUACAGGAGAGCGUUCUCUACAAGGAGGAUCGUUUGGGUCUGGCGGCAAUGGACAAAGCAGGGAAGCUGGUUUUUCUGGCCACCGAAGGCGACCACCUCCAGUUCAAAGAAGAGUGGUUCAAAGCCAACCUGCUGCCUUAUUUACACUAAAGCAGCUCCAUACUGAUAGUCUCAGAUUGCUGCUGCAGUCGAAGUCAAGAGCAAUAUAACGCCAGUUUAACAGGAAGCUCAAGCUUAGCAUCAUUCACUCUUUUUGCACUGAUCAUUUCCAGCAUGUUGGCUUUUAAUCCGUCUUGUGAUGCCAUCAUAAUUUUAGCAGUCACAUGUGUUACUGAUGAGGUCAAACACUAUUCAUCAUUGUUGGCAGGUUUUACAGGGUUUUUUAAGCCACUUUUUUUUUUUUUUGCCUCAUUUGGAUCUUUUAACUGUGAAAUAAUGCUUCUGUACAAAUAAAACGUCAAUAAAAUAAAGACACCCAAAUAUUUGAUUUAUUGCAACAUUUUUAAUGAUGUCUCCAGUACUAAUGAGCAGAUUUCUGAGUUUGGACCCCCCAAAAAAGAGAAAUUAAAGAGGUAAACAAAAACAAGAGACAAAAGAAAAUUCAGCGAAGAGCUCCACAGCUACGAGAGCUGCAGACAUGAGAAGGAGCAGGAUGCUGUUGGUCAGACUGAUAUUCAAAGACUAUUCAUAUCUGUACAGGUGAUUACAGCAGGUGUUUCCAAUCACUUACUCCAGUCUGUUUUCCUUUACUUUUUAAAAUUCACUUCCACUAAGUUCAAACAUCGCUUUGCUCUUUAUCACACACUUUUCUUAAAUGCCUCCUAACAUGGAAUGUUUUUCCUUUCAUUCAGGAAUGUCCUGUGUAGAUUUAAGUGAAAACUUACUUUAAACCGUUCAAUCAUCAUCAUCUAGAUGGUUUUAUGCUUUAAAAAUGAUGUAAGAGAAUGGUUUUGCACAGCUUGUUUUUACUCUGGUUUUAUGUGCUCAGAGAACUUGUUUUACAUCAUUAUCCACUACGAGUCUCAUGGUUGCGGUCAUCAUCAGUGGAGAUGAUAUGGAUGCCUUUAUCCUCUUUAAAAAGGGCUUUUUUUUGACAAGUGCUUCACCAGUGAAUUGCAUAUAAUGGAACAGAAACCUUGAGGCCACAACUUAAACAUGCCAGCCCCCCAGCUGACCAGGAAGAAGGGAAAGAAAUGAGCCUGAUUGGCUGCAGAGGAAUCAACAUUGCCUAUUAUAAAUUUAGCUCAGCAUCAUCCAGAUAAAUUUAAAAAAAUAAAAUAAAAA